AAAAAUUAAGACUGCUGCUUCCCUUCACUACUUCAAUGAGUGCAGAUCCAGUCCUUCCUCAAACUGCUGCUUCUACCGUUACUUCUUAAAAAAUGUCAAAACGUAAUUCAAUUUCCAUUCCCAAGCUCUUUCUGCCUUUUUUUGUUGCAUUUCUGGAAUUGUUGCUUGGAGUGGUAGAUUCAAGGACUCACCAUGGAGACGUACGAGUGCUCAAGGAUCUAAAGAAUGGAUUGGACCCCAGGUCUGUAGCUCUUGGAUCUUGCCUGAGCUCAUGGGACUUCUCAUUAGACCCAUGCGACCACAUCUUCAGCGACCAAUUCACAUGCGGUCUCAGGUGCGACCUCAUUGUCUCAGGUUCAUUUCGAGUCACGGAGAUCACUCUUGACCCUGUUGGUUACUCUGGUUUGCUUUCUUCCGUCUCCUGGAACCUCCCUUACUUACAAACCCUUGACAUCUCUGAUAACUCGUUCUCUGGCUCAGUCCCCGACUCUUUCGCCAAGCUCAUUGGUCUUCGUCGGCUUAGUCUCUCCAGAAACUCUCUCUCCGGCAAGUUACCAGUCUCGCUUGGGUCUCUCUCCCACCUGGAAGAGCUCUAUCUUGAUAACAAUCAUCUCCAAGGACCCUUACCAUCAAGCUUAAACUCUCUUGUAAACUUAAAAAGACUCGAAAUCCAAGGAAACAAUUUCUCCGGUGAGUUGCCUGAUCUGCAUUCCCUAAAAGACUUGUACAUUCUCGAUGCUAGCGAUAACAAAUUUUCCGGGCAACUUCCUUCGACAUUGCCAAUGUCUCUUGUCGAGCUCUCUAUGCGAAACAACCAAUUGAAAGGAAAUCUUCCCAACAAUGUGGGGGAUUUGGAGUAUUUACAGGUGUUAGAUCUCAGCCACAACAAAUUAUCUGGGCCAAUGUUAUCAGUUCUUUUUGACCACAGUUCUCUUCAACAACUCACACUCUCUUACAACAACUUCACGUUCCUGCAAGUUCCAGGAACAAUGGGUUUCACAAGCAAACUCAUAGCUAUCGAUUUAAGCAAUAAUGAUCUUGGAGGCCUAUUGCCAGCUUUUCUGGGAAUGAUGCCAAAUUUGUCUGCUUUAAAUUUAGAGCAUAACAAGUUUACAGGAAUGAUACCUACCCAGUACGCUCUGAAAGCCGCUGUUCCCAGGGCUCAUACGUCGUCGUUUGAGAGGCUGUUAUUGGGUGGGAACUACUUGUUCGGUCCUAUCCCGGGUCCACUAAUCGGUUUAAAGCCGGGUUCGGUUAAUGUGAGCCUGGUUGAUAAUUGUUUAUACAGGUGUCCUGACAUCUAUUUCUUUUGCCAAGGUGGGGAUCAGAAAUCUUUAGUGGAUUGUAAGAUCUCUGGCAAAUCAAUUCCUUAAAUAAUAUAAACCCAAACCAGAUUUGUAUUGUAUUAUAUUAUAAUUUCUCUUCUUUAUUGUUUCCUUGAUCUCUGACAAAAGUGGUCUUUCCCUGCAAAAUACAAAACUCUUAUUAAUAAUCAAGGAAAAUGUGUAUUAAUGGAAUCUCACUGUUAUAUAAAAAUGGGC